AUGAAUAUACCUAAUUCACCAUUAUUCGCGCCGCAGCAACUUUCAAAUCAUAAUAGCACACCUACUAAUUCCAGUAAUGACAAAGGAACUACCAUCACAUCUACUCCCACUUCUAAAAACCAUCUAAAUAAAUCUUCAUCUUCGUCAUUAGCGGUGUUAACUCCAACUUUGCCUGAAAAACCAACUGUAUCAACUUCAUCAUUGGCAGUAUACAUUGUUCCGUCAGAACAGAAUCUAUUUGUGCAAGGGUUUGAAGAGCAUGUAUAUUUAUCCAGACCACCAACUAUAUUACGAGGAUCCUUAGUUGUGAAAGUGUUAAAACCAACUAAAAUCAAAUCCAUAAGUUUGACAUUUAAAGGAAUUCAAAGAACAGAUUGGCCCGAAGGUAUACCACCCAAAAAGAACCAAUAUAACGAAAUAAAUGAAGUUAUCACCCACACUUGGCCAUUUUUGCAAGGAAAUAUCAACGACAAGUUACCCCACAAUGGCGCUGAUUAUUUCAUUGAAAAAGACGGAACAACUCACCAGGGUGGUAUUAAUGCUAGUUUUGAAGAUGACAUGUCAUCUGUGAGGUCAAGUACACCACCUCCAUUGGGGCAUCUGGCAACCAGUCCAUCAGCUAAUCUUUCUCCUACCCGGAAAUCACACUAUGACGAACAAUCAAGUAACAAUGCAACUAAUUUCUUCACUCGUAAUUUAUCACCAAGUUUUAUUCGAAGAGGGAAAUCGUCUUCUAUUUCUUCAAUGGCAGAGAUAGGGAAAGCCAGUUCAUUCACUGAUUUGAUGCCAUCCACUUCUUCUCCUAGUCCUGGUGACGGUCAUUCAAACAUUAUUCAUUUUGCCCCUGGCGAUUACAUUUACAACUUUGAACAUCCAUUGCCAGCAUCGAUCCCUGAGUCAUGCAAUGCGACAUUCGGAAGCACAUCAUAUUAUUUAGAAGUGAAUAUUACUCGACCAGGUGCUUUCAAAACCAAUUUAGCUGGCAGAUUACCAAUAAAUAUAAUCAGAACCCUUGCUGAAACAAGUUUGGAAGAAAACGAAUCCAUUGUUAUUACCAGAGAUUGGGAAGAUCAACUUCGAUACGAUAUAGUGAUAGGAGCCAAAUCUGUUGUGUUGGAUCUGUAUUUACCUUUGGCGUUCAGGUUUGUGCCACUUUGGGGGAAAGUAGCUUUACACAGAAUCAGAGUAUACUUGACAGAAAACUUGGAAUAUUAUUGUUCUAAUAAGAAAGUACACCGGAUGGAACCUGCCAAGAAAUACUUGUUGUUAGAACAUAAGGCCAAAAAGGGGAGAUCGUUACUUUCAUCUAAAAACCCCGAGGAUGAAUCAUCCACUGAUAGUUUAAAUGAUUUCGAUGAUGAUAUUUUACCGAAAGAACUAGAAUUUCAAUUAUUCGUACCCACUGAAUUAAACGCAAGAACCAAUAGCCGUCUUCAUCCAGAUACAUCCUAUGAAAAUAUCCAAGCCCAUCAUUGGAUUAAAAUUUGUUUACGUAUCAGUAAACAGGAUCCAGAGAAUCCAGAAAAGAGGAAACAUUACGAAAUCAGCAUUGAUUCCCCGUUACAUGUAUUGAGUCAUUUGUGUUCACACAACAACACAUUAUUACCAGCUUACGAUGACCUAAUUCCGGGGAUGUCAUUGGUUCACAACCAAAGUGAACUCCCACCUCUCUCACCUGGGGUCACACCUGUUGAACAUACAGCAAGACCUCGUAAUGGAAGUGUUGGCAACCAAAUCUUGGGUAUUUUCAACAAUAAUGGCAGUAAUGGAAACAGUCAAUCGCGUAGUAGUAGUGUGCCACCAGAAAAUGAAAACGGUCGUCCACUGACUCCAAUAGAAUUCCAUCAUAUUUCUUCUGGUCUUGAAAGCGCUGGUGCUGUUGAAAGAGAGGCCGAUAUGCAUUUAGAAGCUAAUUUGUACCUGCCCAAAGAAAACGCCAUUACUGCUAUAAAUUCACCACAAGCAUUACCACACCCGGACACGUUCUCAUCACCAGUACUUCUGCUGCCAGUGCAACGACCAAUUCAUUUAAUUCGGAAACCAUCAGUCAACCCACCUCCCUUUGAUGCAGAUGUGCCACCACCACCUGCCACGAUUCCUCCACCAGCAUACGAAGAACGAGAUUCAGGAAGUAGACGUGGUUCUGUUGGUUAUGGGAGAGGGUUAUCUGAUAAUAGUAGUAACAGCAGAUCAUUAAGUUUAUCCCCAUUGAGAAUAGACGAACCUAGUGAGAACGGAAACACCACUUCUACUAGACCUAAUGUUGCUACUAAUGGCUUCCACUCUACCGCUGCAGCUAGUAACACUCCUGUUAGAGAUUUAUUGAUUCAACAAUUGAAUGGUUCUGGAAGCUCCAGUCUUGUUACGCCUACUGAAUUGGUUGAGCCUACAACUAGAAUCGACGACAAUAUUCCAAUUGACAGUUCUAUCCCACAGAUUGAAAUACACAAUGAAAAUAACGUGGAGAUCCAUGGCACCGACGCAAGUACCAUAUCCAAUUCUUCUGCCCGUCGAUCAAGUGUUAAUAGUGAACGUGGCGGCACUAUUAAUGGACACAGCGAGGACAGGGCACUGAAUCAUGAAACUGAAACUGAAACUGAAGAAGAAGAAGAAGAUAUUGCAGAUUAUCCUUCACCCAUACUACCACCUACAGCAAUACAUGGAAUGGCAAAGAUAUCGCGUACCUCAUCAGCCGCGUCAGCUACGUCAGCUGCAUCAGUAAACUCUGCAGAGAUUCCCGUGGAACAAACUAUUCCACUACUUAGUCUUGUUCCGUCGCACAAUUCUCAAGCUAAUAUAGAUUCUUAUAAUAAGGGUCGGAAUGAGUCAACGGGUUCUUUGUUGUAUGAAGUUGCUAAGCCUACCGAAUUUUAUAAUGGGUUAGAGUCUAGUGCUGGUGUCGAUAACGAUUUUUUUAAGGUAAUGAGCAGUAGUUUAAGUAAAUUACGGAAUCCUCGGCUUGCUAAACAUUAUCAAGAUCAACAAAGUUGA